UACACAGUGAACACGCCUUAUCGUUUUUUUCUGUUAUCUCUGCCUCCUGUUAGCCAUUUUCGCAGCAGACACGAACGUGCUGUGCCCUCACGGCCGAACAGGCAUGCAAGUGUACACAAACGUGUGUGUUUGUAUGCAUGGCGGAUUUAGCUUGUGGGGUUGAUAACGCACGCACACUAACACACACUUGCACGCUUUCAUAUACAUACAUACACAUACAAUAUAUUCGCCAACGUAGUGGGGUUUUCGGCACUGAGGCGAUAGUGUUACAUUACAGCGAAUAUUUCGUGUUGUUCUUGUUACGUUUGAUAUGCCUUGUUUUGUUGUUGCUUUUUAUAUGCCUUGUUUCGUUGUUGUUUUUGGUUGUUUUUUUUCUUUUUGUUGCGUUCAAGUGCGUUCGACUGUGCAACAGGCGAGUGUAUCGUCGGCGGCUCAGACUAGCAGCACUCCAGACGCCGAUUGUUUGGCUAAGCACUCAGUACAUUGCCGUCGACUGAAGAGGGCGUAUCGCAGGCGCCAAAGCACGGAAAACUGUGAAAAAGUGAAAGAAAACCAAUUCGGCAAAAGUGGCAAAGAAUAGGUGCUGUAAGUGGCUACAAAAAACAUUGUUUGUGCAUAUUUUAAUUAAAAAACGGUGUGAAAGCAAGCAAAGAGCAUGUAAAUUAAAGAAAAUUUAUGAAAAGAAAUAAAAAAAUUACAAAGUGUGAAUAUUCAAAUGCAAAUUAUUAUUUUUAUUAUGUGCUAAAUACGCAUUAAUUUGUGCAAUUUGCAUGUAGUUAUAUGCUUUUAGCAUGCACCAGCUGUAGCUGCGCCGAAAAGUAUGCAAUAUACACAACUGUAUAUGUGAGCACCAGUGUGGCUGUGAGUGCAUGUUGCUAGCGAGACAACCACUUGUGAAUAUCGAAGUAUUGUAUGUAUUUUCAAGGCGAAGCAGGCACAAAAGCAAAAACAACAACGCUAACGAUAGCAUGCCACACAACAGCAAAUAUCAUAACAAAGUUUCUUGGAAAUAUUACAAUAACAAAAAGUGAAAUAUACAGCACGCAGCAUACGCCGUGUUAUACACAACAAAAACAACAAGAAGCAUAAGAAGCACAUUGAAGGCGAGGUUUUAACUGACAACAUUUAACAGUAUUGCUAACAAACAACAAACACAAUAGCCAAAAGCACUAUUUCUCAGCGCCGCCAACACCACCAGCAGGCUGUCAGUAUUUACACUGCCGUCGCCGUUGCUUAUUUACAGUGCAGGAAAUGGAUUUUCAAAGCCACAACAACACCAGCGGAAAUAAGUUUGUCUGUCCCAGCGACAGACAAUUGGCAUUGAGAGCAAAAUUACGCGCUGGAUGGAGCAGCUCCAAGACCAACGAACCGCUUCGGCCCGAUGAGCAAGCCGCUAUUAUUUCCGUUAUACGCCGCAAUGAGGAAAUCGAGACCGCCGAGCGGCAACGCGUUGGUCGACUUGUUGAACGUGUGGAGAAAAUUAAACAACGCGCCGUCGAAGGUGGUCCAAAUUGUUGUCGGCUCUGCGGUGACACCUUUGGGCUGCUGCGUUCGACGCGCAUCAUUUGUGAGGACUGCAAGAAAUCGGUGUGUGCAAAAUGUAGCGUCGACAUUAAUAUACGUUAUCAUACCAGUGAUCGCACGCGCGAAAUAUGGUUGUGCCGCAUCUGCUCGGAGACACGCGAAAUGUGGAAAAAGUCGGGCGCAUGGUUUUUCAAAGGGCUUCCUAAUUAUGACGCACCCAGCAGCACUAAUUCGACACCCACACACCAGUCAGCAAGUGGCGGCGCCAUGUCUGAUGUGUUGCUGCCACCGCGUGGCGCACAAAGCUGCAACAAUACGCCCACACGCAAUGUGCGCGUUAAGAAGCUGACAAUACAUGUGGACGAUAGCAGUAGUUCGGAAGAGGAUACAAACGGUGGCGGCGGCGGUGGUGGUGAUGUUGUGGAUGGCGCCAUCAGCGCUGUGUGUGUUGCAGCGCCGUUGACAACAGCACGCACACCGAACAGAAAUUCCUUCAACGCUGAUGUCUCACCACCAGCAGCGACGCGUAUGCAACGUGAGGACAGUUUUCGUCUGCGUACUUUCGGCUCCAUACGCAGUUUCAUUGAUAGCGGUGAGCGCAAACUUUCCAAUUCUUUUUUCGCCAAUCGUCAGUCAUCGCGUACAGAAAGUAGUCAACAGGACUAUGAUACCAUAUCAACGGCAUCGACUGUCACUUCGGUGAACAAUAGGCGUGAGAGCAAUUGUAAUUAUACGCGUCGCAGUUCCGUCUCGUCAUCUUGGUCGAUCAGCGGCGAAAGUUCAUCGGGCAAUUCGGCGAACACGAGCAAUCAUGUGCCCAAUCACAAUCAAGUAAAUUUGCACUGUCGCGAGUUGCUCGGUUGGCUCGAGGUGGCGGUUAGCUAUCGUGAGAGCGUACAUAGUUUAGACUGCGUAAUGGUAAGAGCGCGCGAUCUGCCUGCUAUGGAUGCGGCUGGUUUAACGGAUCCCUAUUGUAAGGUGAACCUCGUGACGCCCGAUGGUAUGACCAAGUAUUCGCGUUGGUUGCGUACCAAAACUGUGCAUAAGACUCGCAACCCUGAAUUUAAUGAAACUUUGCAAUUUGUGGGCGUCGAACCGGAGGAACUAGGCGGUUCGUCGCUGUAUGUUGCGAUAUUCGAUGACGAUAAGUAUGGACAUGACUACUUGGGAGGCGCUAAAAUUUCGCUCUCGCCGGUGCACAAUACUAAUCAAUAUCGCAUAUCUGUGCCGUUGGGUGGCGAGGAUCGGUUUAGCAAUGAAGCGGAAAUGUCACAGGAGUGGCCGCAUGGCAAAAUUCUAAUAUCACUAUGCUAUAACACAAAGCGACGUGCUUUGGUGGUGAAUGUAAAGCAGUGCAUUAAUUUGAUACCGAUGGACAACAAUGGCAGCUCGGAUCCAUUUGUUAAGCUACAACUGAAACCUGAUUCUCAUAAGAAUAAAAAAUACAAAACCGGUGUCAAAUGGCGCACAUUAAAUCCAAUAUAUCGCGAAGAAUUCUAUUUCGAAUCCAGUCCACAUGAUCUGAAUAAACAAACGUUAUAUAUAACCGUUUGGGAUAAAGACAUUGGCAAGAGCAAUGAUUUUCUGGGCAGUUUGGUAAUCGGCUACAAUAGCAAGGGCGAACGUUUGCAGCAGUGGCUGGAUUGCAUAAAAUUGCCGGAUCACUUUCACGAGAAAUGGCAUUGUUUGUCAGGGGAACACCCAACGCAUUAAUCAAAUGAGUGACGGAGCGUAUUGAAAUUUAUAAAAAAAAACCUGACCAGGGUUGCGAAUUUUUUAAUUAAACAUUUU